AUGACGAUCUACACCCGCUCGUACUUGGUGGAGCAAACCACACCGGCGGCCUUCGCCUUGUCCGACACCCGCUCCAUCGUGUCCACCAUUGCGCGGGAGUUCCUGGACCUGGACUUGGACUUCACAGACCUGGGGGGCAACAUCAGCUGGGUGGAGCCUUUGGACACCCAGGAGGCCCGGGACGCGUCGAGAGCCCAGGUCACGGAGUACUUUGUCUACCUCGGUGACAGCCCAGAGCCUGGCAAGUUCCUGGGCCAGAACGGAUCCUCGCCCUGGUCAGGCAGAUCGCUCUUGGGCUCCGCGCCGGUGGGCACCAAUGACAUCUUCGUGACCAGUGAGACGCCGCGGAACGGCUAUGGCUAUGCGACCUGGAUCCGGAAGCAGACAACGCCUGCAGUGCACGUGAUUCAUGAUGCGGAUGCCAGCGUCUCAAACGUCGGCUUUGUGGGCAAGGAUUUGGACCUGGAGGACUUGGGCGGCUACGUGAGUUGGACACAGCCCGCCUCUGAUGCCGACCGCGUCUUGGCGUAUUCUGUGUACCUGUCUGAAGAUGACAUGGGCACUGGCAGAUCCAAAAUCGAGCAGGACGUGCCUUUGGGCACGGAUCAGCUUCUGGUGCCGGCAGACACGCCGCGGGGCAUCUUCACACGCUUCGUGGUCUACACCAGGUCCAUCUUGGUGGAGCAGACCACCCCCACGGCGCACUUGCUCUUCGACACCUCUGCGCUGCCAAGGAACUUGGACUUCUUGGACCAGGAUGUGGACCGCGGGGACCUCGGGGGCAACCUCACCUGGCAGGUCACAGAGUAUGUGGUCUACCUGAGCGAGAACGCCUACGGCAAGGACCGGCUUAUGCUGGCGAAUGUGUCUUGGGAUACCUAUGAGCCACUCGGAUUCAUCCUGCCGCCAACAUCGGCACUUCCGUUUCUCCGCCCAGAGGACAAGUCCUCUUUGGCAGAGAUGACGACGCCGGCAGCUUUGCUCAUCCUGGACUCCGUGGCAGAAGUCGACAACAUCACCCUCUUCGACCGGGACUGGAUCAAAUUCGGAGUUUCGAAGAUUUCCAUAGCCUGUCAGGUGAAAACCCUCGUUGCAGGCUCAAAAUAA